AUGAAACAAAAUAAAUCACGAGAGCAAACUGAUGACACAAGCGCUCUCGAACUAGAGAUAUUAGCUGCAUCACUACUAUGGUUUAUGAUUUUAGAAUAUUAUCCAAUGUACUGGACAGUUAAUAUACAGGGAGGCCCAAAACGUGUUAAUCAUGCUGCUGUUGCCUUAAACGGUGCCAUAUAUUCUUUUGGUGGUUAUUGUGCUGGUGAAACACAACGUGUACGACCAAUCGAUGUUUAUGUUCUUAAUCCAAGUAUUAUUAUUCUAAAUUUUUGUGGAUUUUUUUUUUUUUUUUCAGAAACUUAUCGAUGGAAAAAAAUAAAACCAAAUUUCGAGUAUUAUGAAAAAGUAGAAAUUUUCACCGAUAAUAAUAAUGUUGAUGUUGUUCUAACACCAUCAGAUAUACCUAUGCAACGUUAUGGUCAUAGUAUUGUAGCUUAUAAGAAUAAAGCUUAUUUAUGGGGUGGUCGUAAUGAUCAAUUUGGUGAUUUAAAUGUGCUUUACGAAUUUGAUCCAGGAACGCUUCGAUGGAGGAGGAUUAUAUGCGAAGGAAAUCGUCCAUCAGGUCGCGAUGGGCAUAGUGCUGCUGUUUUUGGUGAUAAAAUGUAUAUAUUUGGCGGGUAUGAAGAUUCUUUAGAAAGAUUUACUAGAGAAACGUAUGAAUUCGAUUUUAAUCAUUCACGAUGGCAAAAACUACGAACUACUGGAGACUUGCCAAUUUGGCGAGAUUUCCAUUCAUGUUGUAUAUACGACGAGAAAAUGUAUGUGUUCGGUGGUCGCGGUGAUCUUAGAGGUGAUCUAAAUGGUAAAGAUGAAGUUUAUAGCACAGAAGUAUCACUUCUUGAUUUAAAAUCCCUAAAAUGGUGUCAGCUGGUAGCAAAUGGAGAUAAGCCAUGCGGAAGAAGGAGUCAUACUGCAUGGUUUUAUAAGGAUCGAAUGUAUAUUUUUGGUGGUUAUAAUUCUCAAGUUGAUCAACAUUACAAUGAUUUAUACGAAUUCAAUCCGUCAAAUUUAAAGUGGCGGAAGAUAAUUGCUCAAGGCAUUCCUCCAUCAGCAAGAAGAAGACACUGUAGCGUAUUGCUUGGAAGCCGUGUUUUCUCGUUCGGAGGAACAACGUAA